UAACUAAGGAAGCCCUGGGCUGUGGAGUGUGGAUCAAAGAUCCUAUAGCGAGGGUGGAUCAAGCUGGAGUGUUGGAAGGAUUUAGUAGGCACCAACCCAAGACUUGUUGAUAACCCUUGUCAUGAAAAAUAUUAUAUUUUGUGAUGCAACAGAGCUCUAUAAUAUGCUGAAUCAAAGCACAAGGUAUUCCAGGCUGACAGACCCAAUUUAUCUCUAUUUAAUUGAUGUACGGACCAAAUAUCAAUAUGAUGAAAGCCAUGUGAUAACAGCCAAGAGAGCAAAAAAGGACAAGUAUGAAAAUUAUUUGUUGCCAGAAGAUGUAGAGCUUGAGUGUGUUAAGUAUUGUGUGGUUUAUGAUGGGCACACAUCCUCACUGAACGCAUCAGGUCAUGCAAUGCAAUAUGCAAAGCUUUUGGAAGAUGUCUGCCGAUAUCCAAUUAGAGUCCUAAAUGGUGGAUAUGAAUUUUUCUCUGCUUGCUAUCCAUUCUUCAGGACACAGAAAAUAUUUUACAUGCCACAGGAGUUGGAUGCCUUUGAGCCCUAUCCAAUUGAGAUAUUGCCAGCCAAACUUUACAUGGGCGACUACAAACAAUCCUGUAACAAACAAGUCCGGAAAGAUCUGAAGAUCAAAGCAUAUGUCAACCUCUGCCACGAGAAAGAGAUAGACUUGGAAGAAGAUGAACCCAUUUCAGUUUUACACAUAACUUCUUCAAAUUCCACCGAUUUCUCUGCCCAUUUUCCAAUGAUCUGUAAUUUUCUCGAUGAGCAUUUGAGUAAAGGUGUUGUGUGCGUAGUCUCCACAAAAGGUAUAAGUCGCUGUUGUACUGCAGUGAUGGCCUACCUCAUUCAUUCUCAGAGGCUUCCACUGAAGGAUAUAUGGGAAUACGUAGAGACGUGUAAAGCAACCAUUCGGCCACAUCGUAAUUUUGUACAUCAACUUUCCGCAUGGGAGGAAUUUAUCCUAAAGGAAAAGAUCACCGAUGUCUCUGAUCCUUAUUACUGAAAUAGUAGACUGCUAUUGUCAAAACAAGACUUGGAAAUAUUUCUGUUUUUUUUAAAUGAGUCAAUGAUUUAAUAGCUCAAAAAGUACCAAUAUUAUCUAAUUUAUAAUGCAGCUGUAAUUUAAAUUCCCUUCAUAAUUUCUAAUUGUAUUGUCACUUAUGACCAGUUUAUUGUUAUUUGAAUUUACAUAUUUACUGCAGAUUUUACAGUUUAAAAGAGUGGUUAACAAAAGGCAUAUCUUAUUCAAUGUCAACAUGUUACGUACAACUGCAGUGAGCAAGGUCUAUUCAAUAUUUAAUCUCCCUGACAUUCCAUACAUCCAUAAGUAUUUUGGUGAGGUAUUUCAGCAGGUGUGGGAUAUCACACCCAAACUGGGGCACGCACUGCUUGCUACGAGUCUUUCUCUGAUAUUGGAACUCUUACAUUAAAGUUUACCAGCCUCUGAUUCUUAGUAGAAAAUAAAAGCAACUUGGAGGUCCACCUGCCAACAACCUGUUGAAGCACAAUACCCGGCCAUUGUCCAUGUUGCACUUCUCGACACCGGACCCUGGUCACUAUCCAGCAUAUCCUUCCCAACUACAGCAUCUGGUUGCUGUCCAGGUCACCCUUCCUGACUACGAGAUCUAGUCACUGUUGUCUUUCCCGACUCACGACCCUGAUGGCUAAGAGAUGUUUUUUUCAGUGAAGCUGUGCCAGCUGUUAAUGCAGCUGCCUCUUUGCACUUUUGUUGAGUUUAACAUUUAGCCUAAGCAAGCAGGAAUUCAAGUCAAACUACAUGACCCAGCAACACUUUUAAUACAUCAUGUAACCAUAAUUUCAAAUGGGAAAAUGGAGUCUCAAUUCUUUUUUCAGUUACAUUUUGUGCCUGACAAUGCAACGUUCCCCAGCUAUCUCUUCUGACUGCUCAAUCUUUAUUUAAUUUGUUUGUGGUAAAAGCCAGAGUAAAUUACACAACAGUUACAAAGUUGUUAUACUAUAGAGACAUGGAGCACAGAAACAGGCACUUUGGCCCACCAAGUCCACGCCUACCAUCAAGCUCCCAUUAAUCCUACACUGAUCCUAUUGUAUUCUUCUUUACUAACACUUACCUAAACGCAAGUGGCAACUAUAUUGGCCAAUUAUCCUAUUGAUGCAUUAGUCCUUGGGAUGCAGGAGGAAACCCACAUGAUCACCUGUGUGAAGUGCAAACUCCACACAGACAGCAUCAGAUGUCGGAAUUGAACCUGAGUUCCUGAAGCUGUGAGGCAGCAGCUCUCCCAUCUGUCCCACUUCGUCAGCCACGAUACCAUUCUGUAAAUACACUGAUUCUAGAUGCAUUGUGGUGUUUUGAUUGAAACGUCUCUGAGUUUGUCUGCAUUUUUGAAGAGCUGUUUAAUAUCUGUUUCAUAUCAGCAAUGAUUUGAUCAUUAGCUUUUGUGAUGAUUUGGGGAAUUAAUCCCGACUUUCUGGAAUCCAGCCUGUCAGAUUCUUUGGGUAGUCAAAAGAUAGAGAUUCAAUAAAGAGAAAUAAAUAAUCUUAUUAAAUACACAUCAGCCCUCUCAAUCUUUCCUAUCACAAUGUGUAAAUCACACAGUACUCGAUACUGAGGGUCUGAAGAAAGGUCCCAAGCCGAAAUAUUGUAUGUCCAUUUCCCUCCACAGGAAAGGAAUGUUUAUUGGCAGGUGACAACCUAGAAACCUGCAGGAGGAGGGUGGUCAACUGUACUUACAUUCAUGGGAUUGGCAGGCCAAACAAUAAAGAUGUUUGUGGCUCACAUACCUGGAAAUUGAUCAAAAUUUAAUAACCC